UAUUUCACUAGAUUUACAUUGACCGGGAUAUAGACAGUUACUUGUUUUGAGCUCCCGAUAUUUAUAUUUAUUUUCGGAAAUAAUUGUGCAGUGAUAAUGAUCCUAAGAUUGAUGUGUUUUGUGUGUGUGGUUGGGUUUAGUGCGGCGCUUAUAACUAAAGAAAUCUGCAUAAAAUGCGUCCCCAUAAAAGAGUGUCCUGUGUUCGGGAACCUGACGAAAGCGGAGCAGAAGCGGUGGACAUCCGACUUCUCCUGCAGACUUCCUAACCUGGAUACAUCCGGGCUGACUCCUAAUGCUAGAGACUAUAUAUGCUGUCCUCAUACGAACGCAGUCAACUUUGCAAACCGAAGACCAGAGAGUCAUGCAUCACAAAUCAGUACAAAACAUCCAAGAUCUACCGACAAUUACGAUUCAACGCCAAACCCUGACGAAUAUGAGAGGCAAAGACAGCCAGAAAAUGUAUGGAUGACCCAAGAAACUAAUGAUAAUGGGAAAGAAUAUGAUAGUCAACGCAUGCUGUUUUGGCAGCAAGGGUUUGACAGUAUUUUUAAUAGACCAAACAGGCCUCUUCAGAGUAUGUUUGGGAGCAAUCCGUUUCAAAACCCGUACUUCAUGGGGAAACCGAGGACGCAACCUAAUCAGAGGGGGCCGAGAGGGCGCACAGGCGGAUUCGGCCCAGGAUCGGGUGGUUUCGGCCAAGGAUCGGGCGGAUUCGGUCAAGGAUCGGGCGGAUUCGGCCAAGGAUCGGGUGGUUUCGGGCAGAACUCGGGUGGUUUCGGGCAGAACUCGGGUGGAUUUGGACAAAGUUCAGGUGGAUCCAGGCAGAAUUCGGGUGGCUUCGGACAAGGUUCGGGUGGUAAUGGGCAAUGUUCAUUGACAAGUUUCCCGCCGGAACCCAACAAGGGUUGCUGCGGUCGGGAUGUGUCUGAUGCUGACAGGAUCAUAGGUGGAAAGACAACAGAGAUCGACCAGUUCCCUUGGACGGUGCUACUGAACUCUAAAUUCACGAAUGGAAGAACGACGGCCGAGUUCAGUUGCGGCGGGUCGCUAAUCAGUGCGCGCUAUGUACUCACAGCCGCUCACUGUUUAUAUGACGAGACCUCUCGACUGUCAGAUGUCGAAGUAUAUCUAGCGGAAUACGACAAGCGUACGUUCCCUCGCGACUGCAUGAUCAGUCCUGGCGAAGGACGGAGGUGCAUCGAAAACAUCGCUAUGCGGGCUGAAGACGUAGUGCUCCACCCUCAGUAUGAUGACACUAGACUGCAGAAUGACAUAGCCUUGAUACGGCUAAAAGGAACCGCUCCUUACACAGACUACAUUCGCCCAAUCUGCCUGCCCCUAAUAAACGUGGACAGCCCUGACUUUUCCAACCUGCCUUUAUCCGUGGCCGGCUGGGGCCGGAACGGCCGCUACCAAUCCGACGUGAAGCAAUCCACAGUCGUCCACCUAGUGCCCCAAGGGGAGUGUAAGGCGCACUACCCGCACCUGACGCGAAGGCACGUGUGCGCAGCGGGGCACACUGGGGAAGACACGUGCAAGGGGGACUCGGGGGGGCCCCUCAUGAUGCUGUAUAGAGGGAAGCACUUCGUCGCGGGCAUCGUGAGCGGGAAGAGGGCCGACUCGCCUUGCGGGUCCACAGUGCCGUCGCUCUAUACUAAUGUGUUUAACUAUUUAGAUUGGAUUAAGGCUAAUAUCCGAAAUUAGAGACUUUGCAAGAUUUCUGAUAUUUUUAAAUAAAAUUUGAGAUAAUUAUCUUAAAACAAUAGUUAUAAGAUGACGCAGAUCUUAGAUUUGAACAAUGUUAAUAACGUGACGU